UUUUCUGAAGAAUGAUCACUGCCUUUGAAGUUAAAAUGACUUUCCUUCCCAAUUUCAAGAAUUGAUUUUUUUUUGUUUGAAAUUCCCAUUCUGGGGAAUGAAUUGCCCCUGAAGCCAGCAGGACCUGGUCCGAUGAGCAUUUGAGGAUUGAAAACUGACUUGCUUGAAGUGUUGAGUAGACUGGAAAACGUGGAUCAGUCACUGGAAAACGUGGAUCAGUCACCGGGUGUUCCCAGGCACCAGAGCUGCCCUCUCAAGAUGGUGAGAUGGCCAAUAACUGUGGUCGCAGUCUGCUUAUUGAUCACGCAAGAGCUGUAUGUCUCUUCACUUGAGCUACGAGACAGUCUGAUACCUGUGACUGUCAGGGUCAACACUUCUCUUUCAGCGGAGCUGAUGCCUAUGGUAGGCAGCGGAGAUGGGGAUUUGGGUUCUGUGCAGUCACGAAAAUGGCUCAAAAAUAGCCGAGAUAUCCAGUUUAAUUCCAGAACGCUACUUUCUUCAGACAAUGUCACCCUGACUAUAGUCAAUGUGAACAGAAAUGAUUCAGGAAUAUAUCAUUGCCAAGCCAGCAAUAACUUUAGCAGUGAUUCCGGGCAUACCAUCCUGCGGAUUAAUUAUGGACCAGAGAAUGUCUCUAUCACACCCUCAGGGCUAAUUCAAGUCGAAGUGGGAAAAAUGCUUACCUUACGUUGUUCUGCUGUGUCAAUCCCACCUGCUCGAUAUCGAUGGUACAAUGGGAGUCGACUUUUAAACACGGGACAAGUUUCUAACAUUGACUCGCUGAGCAGGAAUAAUAGUGGGAAUUAUACUUGUCAGGCUAAAAACAUCAUUAACAAGGAAAGCCGCAACGUUACUGUACAAGUGAUUGUACAAGGCAAACUCACUGGCAGCACCGAACUAAGUGAUGGAGUCAUAGUAGCCAUAGUAACUGCAGUUCUUCUCAGUCUCGGUUUGAUCAGCGGGAUCAGUGCGUGGAUGAUCAAAAGGAAGAAGGAUGAGAAUGAAGCUCAAACACAGGGACAACACGAAAGGAACUUUAGUCAAACAGCAAAUGAAUACUGCACUGUAUUGGAUGAAAAUUCAGCAGCGAUAUAUGAAAAUAUUCCAAGAACAGAGAAGGAGAGCGAUACAAAUCUACCUGAUGGGAACGCAUUCUACUUGGAAUUGCAGCCAUAAGAUUUGACUGUGUACUGUGAACUGACAGCUAGCUGAACAGCUUGGGUGUGAACGAUAUUGGAGGAAGUUAAUGGCAGACAUGCACCACUGACUCUGCAACAAACUACCGAAAGCCUGAAGAAAACUAGUUUACUUUUGUCCACACAUUAUUAUAAGGUGCCGUCUUUUAUGAAUAAGACAGAAAUUUUAUCAUGUGUGAACCAGUCUCUCUCUACCUCCUGUGAAAAUGUGAGAAAACCUGAAAGAAAAUAUCAGAAAAGUGAUGCACUCAGGAAGCAAAAGGAACAAUGGAUUGAGUCCUGCAGACUAGUGCUUUUGAAUUGUUUCCCCAGUAUUGGUUUCCCCUCCACUCAUAACACCAACGUUUUUUUGUCUGUAAAUGUGUACGAAAAAGGGUACUUGAGAAGGGGCUUUGAAUUUUAGCUUGUAUAGUUUCUGUGAAGUUUUCAUAAUUAUUUGCCUGUGGUUAGAAUCUACAUAUUUGUAAUAAAUAGCAGUUCUUGCUAAAAACCCCAAAAGGUCCAUGCUUUCU